UGGACCCGUGUCCUCUUCAAGAGCAGCCAAUGUUAACUGCUGAGCCAUCUCCCUAGACCAGUAGCUGCUUCUUCCUGUUACUCAGUCUCCCUUUUGGGGGGCAGCGUGUGCUGGUUUCAUCUGUCCCCAGCCAGCAGAAACAUGCUAAAAACACACAUGCCCAUUCUAUGUGCUCAACCUCACAGCUUCCCAACAAUCAAGAAGAUACCAGGACAAAAACAUGGGGGCUGCACUGAGGAGGGAGAGGCGGAACCCUGGGUCUCUGGCGAGCUAACCUAGCUGACUGGUGAGUCCCAGGCCAAUGAGAGACCCUGCCUCAAAAGCCAAGGCGGACAGAACCUGAGGAAUCCUAACUGAGGUUCUCCAGCCUCCACAUGCACACACAUGCAUAUGAACAUACGUGAACAUGCACACACACUCAGAUACAAAGAAAGUACAAGUGAGAUCAAUUCACUCUAAAUUCUUAUGAAUACCAGAUAACUUGACUGAACAGCUCAGGUCAGGGCCACCUAAUAAGGUCUGAUCAUGAAGUGAAGCUCUCUCUUCCAUGCUUGUCUCCACCUCAGGGCUACAAUGCCAAUACUAUACUAUAUAUACACCCCUAUACUCUGGCUGAAACCCCAACAACCAGAAGGAGGGAUGCUUCUGGAAUGGCAAUGAGUCACAGGCCCACUCGGCCCCCAGGGCCUGGGUCCCCUCAACUUGGGCUGUACAAGGCCUAAAACUGGAAACAGAGAAGAGAGGUGGUCCACUGACCCCUGGGCAGAGGGACAUUAGACCCAGCUAACAUUAGAGCAGAAAUCCCACCUGGAUUCCUAAUUUCUGAUCAGAAUACUUGCUACCUGUGGGCUGCAUUUCCUGCUGCAAGCAUCCCCAAGAAAAUCAUACCUUACAUUUGCUGCGUUCCUGGCGACCUACUAAAGGUGACUGAGAAAACCCAGGGAUCAGUCUUAGAAGCCAGCACCACUCCAAGUAAGCAAGGGUAUCAUCACUUGCUUCUACAAACGAGUAGAGGUUUCAUACCUAAAAGGUAAACAAUAUUAUAAUCCCUCCACACUUCAAAUGAAUGUGUCCGUGGGUGAACAGCAGCAGUCACCCUGGAAACUUCCAUAAAAUGUGUGUCCAGCAGGACUGUUUACACUGCCUACAUACGGGAGAAAAAAAAAAAACCAAAAAACAGCCAGCAAAAAAAUGGUUAAUGCUGGCCUUAAAAAGGAGGCUGGCCAGAGCCCAGUGAGUGUGCUUGGGAAGUCUAUAAAGGAGGCGCUGUGCCAAGGGGGCCAGACGCUGCGGGACAGCCACAGGCAUCGUGAGCCCGCUCCCUUCCAGACAGGUCUUUCUUUUCCUCUCCUGCUGUAUCCCUGCUGAGUGCCAUCCCCGAGGUGCUGCAAGUGCAGGGCAAUCCCCUGUGGGCAAGCUCCGGGCACUCCUCCAGCUGACAGUCCGGUGACACGGUGGCACAGAUCUGGACACACAAGAGAAAAAUCAAAAGGACACCAGUGCUGAUCUUUAGGCCAACAGAGCAGCAGUUUGGAUCAAGGACAGAACCGAGGGUGUUGUCUCUCCCACACUCCACCAGAAUGGUUGAUCCGCUCUAGGGCUCUGCUCUCCUUAAGCUGCUGGAGUUGUGGCCGAACUUGAGUUUCCACAUUCACAGGUUGCAGUCUAGGUGCCCAGAGAGUGAGCAGGCGGCAGGCAGCAGGUGUGGCUGCCCAGCACCCGCCCAGACAUCAGACACCCUGUCCGCCCUUCUGGUUUGCUGAGACUAACAGGCUCCCGGGACGAUUUUUCCUGCUUUACAAAUGCCUGGCUCACUUCCAAGAGAACCACCUUUCUUUGUGAAGAUGGAGCAGUCGCUUAAAACAGACUUCUGUGACCCUUUCAGCAAGUCCUGAAAGCUGCCGAGGGAAGCCAUGGAUGCGACUACUCCAGCCCACACUGUUGGCAUGGAGAUCUACCUAGGCCCCAUGUGGCCGGCCCCUUCCAACAGCACCUCCCUGACCCUCAACUUGUCCCUCCCGCUGCAGGAAGACACCCCGGGGAACCUCACUGGGGACCUCUCCGAGCACCAGCAGUACGUGAUCGCCCUCUUUCUCUCCUGCCUCUACACCAUCUUCCUCUUUCCCAUCGGCUUCGUGGGCAACAUCCUGAUCCUGGUGGUGAACAUCAGCUUCCGGGAGAAGAUGACCAUCCCGGACCUGUACUUCAUCAACCUGGCGGCUGCCGACCUCAUCCUGGUGGCCGACUCGCUCAUCGAGGUGUUCAACCUGGACGAGCAGUACUACGACAUCGCGGUGCUCUGCACCUUCAUGUCCCUCUUCCUGCAGAUCAACAUGUACAGCAGCGUCUUCUUCCUCACCUGGAUGAGCUUCGACAGGUACCUGGCGCUGGCCAAGGCCAUGCGCUGCAGUCUCUUCCGCACCAAGCACCACGCUCGGCUCAGCUGCGGCCUCAUCUGGAUGGCCUCGGUGUCUGCCACGCUGGUGCCCUUCACGGCCGUGCACCUGCGGCACACUGAAGAGGCCUGCUUCUGCUUUGCCGACGUCAGAGAGGUGCAGUGGCUGGAGGUCACGCUGGGCUUCAUUGUGCCCUUCGCCAUCAUUGGCCUCUGCUACUCCCUCAUCGUGCGGGCCCUCGUCCGGGCCCACAGGCACCGUGGCCUGCGCCCACGCCGGCAGAAAGCCCUGAGGAUGAUCUUCGCCGUGGUCCUCGUCUUCUUCAUCUGCUGGCUGCCGGAGAACGUGUUCAUCAGCGUCCACCUCCUGCAAUGGACACAAGCAGGGGACACGCCCUGCAAGCAGUCUUUCCGCCAUGCUUACCCCUUGACGGGCCACAUCGUCAACCUUGCAGCCUUCUCCAACAGCUGCCUGAACCCCCUCAUCUACAGCUUCCUUGGAGAGACCUUCAGGGACAAGCUCAGGCUGUACGUGGAGCAGAAGACCAGCCUGCCCGCUCUGAACCGCUUCUGCCAUGCCACGCUCAAGGCAGUCAUCCCCGACAGCACAGAGCAGUCCGAUGUCAAGUUCAGCAGUGCUGUGUGAGAGGGACCUCCCAGAGGGAGGAGGACAGGGGUAGGGGGCAGGCUGGUGUUCAGGGCAGCACACACCCAGCACAGGUGGUGGGUGAACUGAGCCAGGCCAGAUUCUCAAAGCCCAGUGGCUUGGGGAACACCACACUGCUGGGUCAUCUCUGGGGCUGCUGGGAUCUUUGCUGACUAUCCAGCUCACGGAUGCGGCAAUCCAGAUUCAAGGGUCCAGGGCAGCAGGGCAGGUGACAUUGACCGCUCUACUCAAAGGGCACCAUACAACCUGCAGCUUGGUUUUCUCUCCAUACCCUAUGUCCCCAGAAGAUGAUUCUGCUGUUGACAAGUGACCGUCAAAAGGAUAGGCCACCCUAUGGAGCAUCAUAGUUACAUUUCUGCUACAUGAAUGCUACCUGGGUGGAGGAGUCUAGAGACAGAAUGUAUGUACCAGACCCAAACGGGCUA